AUGAAAUACCUUAAGGGCCUACUGCUGCCCGCCCUGCUGGCAUUAGCAGCUUCCGCUGCCGCCAAAGACGAGCCGCUCGUCGAGACUACGCCAUUCAGCAAUGAGCUAGUCAAUCUCAUGUACUUUGAUGACUCGGGCGUCGCAUUAGUACAGGAGCUCGAGACGGGCAAGAUCUGGCGGUCCCACGAUGCCGGCAAGGGGUGGAAACAACUGAAAGAUUUGCAUGGGCUGGGAAUUCUCAAGAACCCGUACGAUAACAAGGUUGCGUUGGUCCUGAGCGAAAAGAAACACUGGAUUACAUACGACCAGGGAGAGACUUGGGACGCGUUCAAGACGGAUCAUCCGCCUACCCCGAAUGGGCCUGUUGGGUGGCAUGCGCAGGAUAACAAGAAGAUACUGAUAAACGAGAUUGAGAACUGCUUCACUGCACCGUGUCUAGGCAGGACCUACUACACCGAAGAUGGCUUCAAGUCAGAGCCCAAAAUCCUCGUCGACGACCGCCGAAUGUGCCAAUGGGCCAAGAGCUCCGAACGCUUCCUCGAAGGCAGUGACAAGCAUGAUAAGCGCGUACUGUGCAUUACAAGAGGCAAAUACUCGGACCGAUCGAAAGACUUCAGACUCCUGAUGACGGACAAUUACUUCAAAGAUGAAGAGGAACCCGUCAUGUCUUCUGAACGUACCGUACAGGGCAUGGCAAAUAUGGCCGCCGUUAAAGGCUACCUCGUUGCCGCCGCCAAAUCGGACCACUCUAGCGAACUAUCCCUCUACGUGACCGAAGAUACCGAGACAUGGCACCAUGCCGAAUUUGGAGACCACAAGAUUGAGGAGGAUGCAUAUACUAUACUGGAGUCGACCAACUAUAGCAUCCAGGUUGAUGUCAUGACCUCCAAGUAUGUGGCGAUUGGUAACCUGUACACGAGCAAUUCGAACGGAACUUACUUCACGAAAAACGUCGAGCACACGAACCGCAACCAAGACGGUUACGUAGACUUUGAGAAAAUUGCCAAUAUACAAGGGGUGGUCUUGGUCAAUACUGUGGACAAUUGGAAAGAGGUCGAGAAGAGCGGCCAAAACAAGAAGCUGAAAUCUCGUAUCAGUUUUGAUGAUGGAAGGUCCUUCGAGAAGCUUAGCGUCAAGGGCAAGGACGGAGAGCUGCACCUGCACUCCGUGACCAACCUACACAACAGUGGACGCGUUUUCUCCAGCCCUGCGCCCGGCAUCGUCAUGGGUGUAGGGAACACUGGCGAGUACUUGGGUAAGUACACUGACGGCGAUCUUUAUGUCUCUGAUGAUGCUGGCCUCACGUGGGAGUUGGCACUUGAAGAAGCGCACAAGUACGAAUUUGGCGAUCAAGGAUCGGUCCUAGUAGCAGUCUUUGACGAAGGCGACACCGAUGAGAUCAGAUACUCUCUCAAGCAUGGACGAAAGGAUACUUGGAAGAAGAUCAAGCUGGACUACAAGAUCCGCGCUCGCGAACUGACCACCCUCCCUGACUCGACGAGCUUAAAGUUUAUGCUCUAUGCGGCCAAGAAGAAAGAUGGCGGUGGCCGUGAACACGUCAUCAUCCACCUCGACUUCACGGACCUGCAUAUGCGAACAUGUGAAGAGAAGGAUUUUGAUGCGAAAUGGCCUGUCCGCAAGGAGGAGGACGGCCAACCAAGUUGCAUCAUGGGCCACAAGCAAUUGUUCCGUAGGCGUAAAUGGGAUGCUGACUGCUUCGUUGGAGAGGUCUUCAAGGAUCCAGUACCGACUUUUGAACCCUGCGAAUGCGACGAGCUCAGGGACUACGAGUGCGACUUCAACUUCACUCCCUCUGGCCAGGGCAAAGACAAGAAGUGCGAGCCUUCAGACUUUUUGAAAGUACCCAAAGGCGCCUGCGAGGGUGAUGCGAAGACGUACAAAGGCAGCUCUGGAUGGAGAAAGAUCCCUGGCAAUCAGUGCACAGGCAAGACGAACAGGGAGAAGGAAGUUGAGCGCCAGUGCGACGAGGCGGAGAAACCGCCGCCAAAGAGCGAAAAGAUUACCAGUGAAAUCACCAAGUUCAAGGGCAGCGACUUCAUGGAGCAAUACUAUCUAGAACGUGAUACCCAAGGAAGCGAUGAUACUGGGAAUGACAGGGACAAGGAUGAGACAGUUGUCAUGCUGACUGAUGAGCGUACGGCCUGGAUCACGCACGACCAUGGAAAGAAGUGGAAGAAGGCUGUCGACGACGAAGUCGUACGAAUUUAUCCUCACCAGUAUGAUACCAAUUACGUGUACUUUCUGACUGCGGGCAAGAAGGUCUACUACUCCGAAGACCGUGGACUCAAGGACAGCAUACACUCCUUCCAGGCUCCUGUCAUACCAAACCGAGAGAUGCUUCAGAUUAUGCAGUUCCAUCCAAAGAGAAAAGACUGGGUCAUUUGGAUGGGUGGCAAGAAUUGCGAGAAGCUUGGAGACAAAGACUGCCACACUGUAGCCUAUGUUUCCCAAAAAAAUGGUCAAGAGGAAAGUUGGGAUUCUCUUGUACCCUACGUCAAGAAAUGUGCUUUCGUUUGGCGCGAAGCUGGUCGGAACGUCAAAGAAGAGCAGGUCUUCUGCGAGCAACAUACUAACGAAGAGAUGGGCGCGCCGCUAGAACUCAUAUCCAGCGACGAUUGGUUCAAGAAGAAGGACGUCAAGUUCAAGUCUGUUGUUGAGUUUGCGACCAUGUCCGAGUUCAUUGUUGUCGCGACAAAGGGCGACGAUGGCAAGACAUUACACUUGGAUGCUAGUCUCGAUGCCAACACGUUCGCCGAGGCAAAGUUCCCACCCAAGUUCUUUGACAUCCAUCAGACGGCCUACACGGUAUUGGAAAGCUCCACACACGCCGUGUUUCUUCACGUCACGGUGAACCCUCGCCCUGAUCAGGAGUAUGGGUCAAUUAUCAAGAGCAAUAGCAACGGUACAUCGUACGUCAUGAGCUUGAAUGCCGUCAACAGAAACACGGAAGGCUAUGUCGACUUCGAGAAGAUGCAAGGUCUUGAAGGCGUGGCAGUCGCCAAUGUUGUUGUAAACGUGGACGAAGUGAAUAAAGGCGCCAAGAAAAAGAAACAGAGUCGAAUCACUCAUAACGACGGUGCGGACUGGGAGCCCAUUCAAGCGCCCGAGAAAGACUCAGACAACAAGGCUUACUCUUGUGACGUAUCAAAUAAAGAGAAGUGCGGUCUACAUAUCCAUGGAUACACGGAGCGUGCGGAUUCUCGCGAAAUGUACUCAUCGCCGACAGCAGUGGGCCUGAUGCUUGGCGUCGGCAACGUCGGUUCGGAGCUCAGCACAUUCGGCGAGGCCAAUACAUUCAUGACGACCGAUGCAGGGCUCACCUGGAAGGAGGUCAAGAAAGGUACUUAUGCUUGGGAGUUUGGCGACCAAGGAUCAGUCAUUGUUAUUGUGCGCCGCGGCGAGGAUACAGAUCACUUGUACUACUCUCUCGACAGUGGUAACAAGUGGAACCUCUACAAGUUCGCGGAGCAUAAGAUACGUGUUGAUAAGAUUACUACCGUGCCAAGCGAUACGUCGCUCAACUUCCUCCUCUGGGGUAAGGACGGCAAGGAACUAGUGGCCGUCAACGUUGACUUCUCUGGUCUGCCGGAAUUCGCAAAGAAGUGCGAGCUCAAUGAAAGUGACCCGACGAAGGGAGACUACGACCUAUGGUCACCGCAACAUCCCAUGCAGUCGGAGAAUCCGGAGUGCCUUUUCGGUCACGUAGCGCAAUAUCACCGAAAGAAGCGCGAGGCCAAGUGCAAGAACGGAGAGCGAAUCGACCACAUGCAUGACAUUGCCAAAAACUGCUCUUGCACCCGGCGCGACUAUGAAUGUGCCUAUAAUUAUGAGCGCCAACCUGGCGGCGAAUGUAUUCUUAUUCCCGGCCUCACGCUCAAAGACCCCAAGGCAGUGUGCGAACAACAAGGGGUAAAAGAAUGGUGGGACAACACGCCGUACCGUAAAAUCCCUCUCUCGACGUGCGAAGGUGGCAAUGAGUUUGACAGGACGGGUAGGGUGCAUGCUUGCCCUGGGUUUGAAGAGGACUUUGAGAAGAAGCACGGUGUUUCUGGAUUUGGUAUAUUUUUGGCUGUUGUGAUUCCGUUUGCUGUGGCGGGCGGGAUUGGGUACUAUGUUUGGAAGCAUUGGGAUGGGAAAUUUGGUCGCAUCCGGCUUGGAGACUCUGGUGGCGGCUUCGACAGCGAUACACGCUGGGUCAAGUGGCCGGUUGCUGCUGUUUCGGGACUGGUGGCGGUGGUUGCCGCUAUUCCACUACUCAUUGGCAGCCUUUGGCGGUUCGCUGCAGGUAGGAUGGGUGGGGGGUAUGGUGGACGGACGUAUACGAGCCGAAGCUCGUUUGCGAGGGGGAGGGGUGAUUAUGCGGUUGUGGAUCCCGAUGAGGGGGAGUUGCUUGGGGAGGACAGUGAUGAGGACGUGUAA